AUGGCCCACCAGCAGAAAUGGAACAUGGAUCGUCGCCAGUCAAAGGGACGUUCUAGCGAUGAGGACAGCUACGAGAUCGUGGAGAUGCCAUAUACUCGUCCUUUGGCCAAGUAUAACAGCAAAAUGGGAGGCUCACCUAAGCGCACUGAAGAGGCUAAGAUGGCUAAAAGCAUCCCCCUGAUCUGUCUUGACAGUGACGAGGAGGGUGUGUCUAAAUUCAAUCACCAGCCCAAGAAGACCGAGGCCUCCUCAAGCCAUCAUCACGAGCCUAGUCUUGUUGACGCGGAGGAAGAAAACAAAACGCCAAUCAAAGACGGAAAAUGUGAUAUCGACGACAAUGAACCGGCGUCCUUGUCCCACUUUAUUGGGCAGAUUGAAUCGCUCCAGUCACAGUCUCCAAGGACCCCUCGUUCUUCGAAGAGUAACAACUCCUUGAAAUCCUCCUCUAACGUCGGCCAAGGAUCUUAUUUUACUCAGGAGUCAUCGAGCCAUCCUUCGAUCAACCCAUACAAACAUGAAGGGGACGUGCCAGGCCCUACUGAGGAAAUUGGGGUAACUGAGACUUCAGAACUUCAUUCUGCGCGCAUUCUGCAAGAGGAGAUCAAAAAGGACGUUUCAGGCCCCACUGAAGGGGUUGAGGCAAAUGAGACUUCAGAACCUCGUUCUCGAGGCAGUCUUCAAGACGAGAUCGAAGACGUCUUUUCUGACUCCGCCAAUGAGUCCGAGGUGCUUGGGUUUCUGGAGAGUCUCGAAGUGUUGGACUUCGAAGAGGAGCUCCGGCGUAUUGAAGAGGUCUUGGGAGAGUCUUCCGGGGAGAAUGAUAGCUCUGGAAGCCCGGCUAUGCAGCAUUCAGUGGGCUCUGAGGAGCUCAGGCAGAUCGAAGAAGCGUUGAGGCAGCCUUCGCUGAGUAAUUGUAUGGUUGCAAAUCCACCUUUUCAGCAUUCGGCGAGCUCUGGGCAGUUAGACGAAGCCGAAGAGGCCUCGGUGGAAUUGACUGAAGAGCUUAGGGAUGCUGAAUACCCAACCGAGCCGUCGCAGCAUCAUGAAGAGUCCAGUAUUCCCGGAUCACCAGAGAUAGAAGAUUCUAUGGCCUCUGAGGGGCGUCAAGAUGAUUCCUACAAUUCUUCCUUUGAGCCUUCUGAAGAGGCUAUUAUCUUCCAAAAAACAACCCCUCAAUCGGACAGACUCGCAGAGAGCUUAGACGAGUUGUUGCAGCACCCCCAGGAGCCCGCCCAAACGAGCAACCAGGAAGGUGAGGAAACGACGUCUCGCCCCGAGAGCCCUCAAGCCGACGAGCCUAGCGAUCAUGGAAUCCAGAUCCCUUUCGAACCGACCGGUGAUCCAAAUUGGGAUCGAAGAGUGGUGGAGAUUCAUAGAAUGCUGCAAACCAUCAAUAUGUCUCCAUCCCAAAAUUUCGCAGUCCUAGCCACAAUAAUCAUGCGUCGACUGGCAGACAUGAGCGAUGCUGAGCUUUGGGAUGCCCUACAUGCGGUUUUCGGGGUCACUACAUUCUCCGAUGUUGAGUCCUCCAAUUCCCAGUCUCUGAAUGCCCGAGUCUUCCAUGAUGGAACCGCCCAAUCCGAGUCCGUUGAUGCUGAGUCCUCCAAUACCAGAGUCUUCCAUGAUGUAUCCACCCAAGCUGACUCUUCCAAUCCUCAGUUCUCCGAUACCCAGGGCCACCGUGAUCAAUGCACCCAAAUGAAGCCCCGCAAUACUCAGGUUGCUAAUGUGAAGCCCCCAGUUGCUCAGCCUUCCAAUGUGAUAAGCCAUCAUAAUCAGGUCACCCAGAUUGCACCAGCUGAGGGAACUUCCGAUGUAGUUUACACCCCCAAGGUCUCGGUCGUGAACCAGUCUAUGAACUUGACGCCACUGUAUGAACGGCUUGAUGACGAUACUGUUGUCCUCAUCAUGGUUUUCUUUUCUAUGGUUGGAAUUUUGAACGGUCUUACCUUCCUCUGGGUUUCCCUAGCCAGCGCCAACCGGACCUGA